ACGGACACGACAAACUAACAAGCAACUCCCAUUUCACCGACUGCACUUGAAACUUAACUUGUGUUUGUUAAAAAUGUGUCAGUCUCUUGGUAGCCAGGGCUGUAUAGAAAGUCUCCAGAAAGAUCUCACCGACAUUCAGUGUGCAAUUGUGGACGUCUUUUCUGCACACGGCCCGCUGCAUGUUUAUUCGUGGAAAUUCCCGGACAAACUCGCCUGUAAUCUAGAUUUGGAUCUGGAGCAUUACAAUUUUGUGAACGGAGAGGAUGAAUUUAACCAGCACGUCCAUAUUGUUCUGCUGGAAUUAGUAAUAGACAGACUACUGCUUCUUCUCCAAGCAUCUGAUGCUUACGUUGAAGAACUGAGCAGCAACAAGAGGAAUCAACAAACUGAUCAGAAAGGCUGCAUGUCAAUUGGACUUGUUGUUAAAAAAUACUGGCGCGACUUACUUCAGUUUGCCAACAUGAAGAUGUGCAAGGAAUGCAAGCUAGAAACAGUGAUGUCCAGUUGUGAUGAUGGUUUACCUUCAACGUGCGCACAUGACAUUUCACGUUCAGCAAGCACCAUUUGUUUGCCAGAUUAUGAUGACCCCCUCAGUGACGCUCACAUCCUCGCAUGUAAUCCCAAAAUUGACACACACAAUGUCGGAUGCCAAACAAAUGAAUCACCCUCUGCUCUCUGCGGUGUGUGUCCUCAAGCACAGUCUGCUAUCAGAAAAACAGGCCAUGUGCUGGUAGAACUGCUUCAGGGUGAGGGAUUGCCCUCUUCUUUACUCCCACUAUUAGAUACUGUGGGACAAAUGCCAGUGGGUGAUGUAGCACAGUGGGCCAGUAAGCAGCUCAGAGAUAUGCGGCGACUGACAAAGCAUAUACAAGAUGUGCGGGAUACAGUCGAGCCUCUUAAAAUGAAACUAACAGCAGCAGAAGCCGAUCGAGAGAAAAUUGGGGCCGAGAUGGAACGUGCCCAGAAAGACCUACAGGAAGAAGUAGAAAAACAGAAAUCCAUAAGUCUUCAGUUGGAAAUGGCAUCACAGAAAGCACAAACAAUCAUGAAAGAAACUGAACAUAGACUUUCAAAGGAGUAUCAACAACUCAAGAGAGAAUACGAAUCCCAGAAGAAGAGUUAUUCUGAUCUGACGGAAGAAGUAGCUACACAAAAAGAUAGGCUGCAAGAUCUUGAAUGUGAAAGGAAUAAAUCGCUGGAUAAACUGAAAACUCUGCACAUAAAGGAAGAGACAUGUUCUAAACUUCAAGAGAGGAUUGAGCAGUUUGAAAGUCAGCUCUGCGAGGCUCAUCUACUUCUCGAAAAAGAGGAGGCCAAAUAUCACAGUGCAUGUCUUCACCAGGAGUCAAUGGAAAAAAAGCAAAAGUGUUUGCUACAGAGAGUGGAGGCUCUCGAUGAAGAGUGUGAGGAGUUGCAGAAACAGUUGGGAGAGAGAGAGGAAAGAGAGCUUAACCUCCACAAUCAGUUGCAGCAGGUUUCACAGCAGAAUGAAAAUCUGCGAGCACAGCUCACGUCACAACAGGAUCAUUGUUCAGAGCUACAGAGUGAGAAGCAGACACUACAGACACAAAUAGAGCAUUUCCAGGGCAGUGUGGCUGAGCUCAAGGAAAGUGUGAAAUCGUUCAAAGACAAGGAGAGGUUGUUGGUGGCUUUCCCAGAACUCAGCCCCCUGGCGCAUGCCCAACCAAAGAGUACGGGCAAUGUGCUAUUGGAUAUGGAGCAGCAGUUGCAGGCAAACUACAUUCGCAUUGGCGUGCUGGAGAAGGAGAACGCAACCCUUCAUGGCAGUCUUGUGAAGUUAAGGAAGAGCACACCUCAACAGGAAAGCUCACCUCUGCAAAUCAAUAGCUCCUCUCCAGCCAGCCCACCAGUCAAACAAAUGGACUACCUGACACAAAUGCAGAGGAGUCCAUUCAGCAGGCAGAACUACAGGGCACCGUGGUUGGGAAACAGUGACAGAGGCGACAGACGUGGUUGCAUAUCAUCGAGGGCAGCAGAUUGUCUGUCACCCUUAUCAUCCCCCAGCAUUUUUAUACAAGCCCUUCACCCCAACAUCAGUUCCACCGGUGCUAUAGCUCAGACACGAAACACACCCAAAACCUCAGCCUUACCUCAAAACAGGAGCUUAAAACCGAGGAAAAAAUGAAUCUUUGACUUUGGUUUGUAUCAAGCGCUCCAGUCAUUUUUGAACAUUUUGUAAAUAUUUGCCUGUAAAAUCAAAUCGAAUCGUAAAAGUGUGUAUUUUUUAAAAACUUAUUUUAUAACAUAAAUAUGGUUGAACAUCCACGCACUGGCAUUUUAAAUGCCGCUGAUGUGUAUAUAUAUAUGUAUAUAUAUAUGUAUACAUAUAUUCAUAAUGAAUUGAAUAAUUACUCACGUGUUUUCAAAGAGCUGAGCCUAUAAAUAACCAAAUAACAGGAAAAAAAACUAUAAAGUAUAUCCAAUAAUAUCAAACAUAUCAGGAGUGUGUGGCUUGAAUGCCACCGAAUGUGCUCCAGAUGUGCUUUGUUGAUUAAUUAUGGCACGGAUUUUAAAAAGACAAAUGAAUCUCCAUGACAGCAAAAGUACUCAGAGGUUUCAUACUGUGUGGAAUCACUGCAGUUGCUCUCUUUUACUGUUAAGUUAUUUUGGUAAUUUAUUAAAGUAAUCAGUGACAGAGACAAAAAUCCCAUUUAUUGCAUAGUCAAGUAGAUUUCCUAUCAACGGGUCACAUUUUCAAAUGCCUGUAUACAGACAUUUUGCGCUCUAUUCUGUCACAUCCCCUCAGACAAAUAGUUUAAGAGUGCUUAAAAUGUUUAUUACUUUUUUUAAACACCUGAUUAAUAUGACGGGAAGUCUAUCGUUGCAACACUAGUCAUGUAUUGUUCCAAUUACCUAAAGGACAGCUCAUGACCUUUGAGUUAAUCCCUGACAUUGUCACAGCUAUAUAGUUGUGUCAUCAGGCGUGUAAUUCAAAGGCUUAAGCUUUUUCACUUGAUGCCACAGGUCUGUGAUUGAAUCACAGUAAUUAAGUCAUUCAUAUAUUUUAAUGAAAAGUGAGUCUUGAAAUGUCAGUAGGAAAAUCUCGUAAAUAACACUGAAUCUAAAUCAAGGAUCAUUAAUACAGUGGAAAUUGUUGCAGCAAGUUGCUAUAUAGAAAAAAAUUCUAGUUCCAGACUGUGUACCUGUGUGUGUGUGUGUGUGUAGUUUUUGUUGUAAUAAUGUAAAAACUGACAUCCCUGAUAUGUGUAAAAAUAAAUCAUAAGACCUGAAUC